AUGAAGAUAUCAGGAGCAAGGGAGAUAGUGGUCUGGCUGGCAUGGUUCCUGUCCCUCCCAGCCUGGGCGGAGGACACGGCUUCCCCACCAAUCCAGUUCUGCAAACAGGAGGAUACAGUGUCGCUGGAUUUCUGCGUGGCCGUCACGCCAUAUCAGAACGCGACAUCCGCCUCCACAGACCUGUAUGUGACCAUCACACGGACUCGGCCCGAAACCGACGGCUGGCUGGGGGUGGGACUGGGUUCGGAAAUGAACGGCGCUUUGAUGUUCGUUCUCUAUGACGACCCCCAAGAUGGCCUGAGGACGAGCAUUCGCACAGCCACGGGCCAUCACGAGCCAAUCGAGUUAUCCGCUAUGGCUAUGGAGGAAGGCCAACUACUGCCAGACAUCAAGGUCGUCAAAUCUGCCUAUGAUGACCAACCACCCGGCUCAUCCUCUCCACCAGACGCACGGGGAAAGCCCAGAACCGGAACAGCAAAUAUUCUCAUCUACUCGGCGCCUCUCUGGCCCAAGACGUCAAUCGACACGACUUCCGCCUCUCAACCAUGGAUCUGGGCCCACAACCCAACCUCGCCCACCCCGUCCGCAUUGAAGAUGCACUCUCGCGACGAAAACAGCGGCUACGGCUUCUUCUGGACCGACUUUGCCACCGCCCUCUCCAACCCGCCCUCAUCCCGCCCUCCAUUUCCCCGUCCUGACAAAUCCUCGCCAUCUCACCUCACCACCACGACCCCACCCCCCAUCUACCGCCUCGGCGGCCCUUCCAUCCGAAACUGGCUCUUCCACAUCCACGGCGCGCUAGCAUCCCUCUCCUUCUUGGUCCUCUACCCGCUCGGCGCCCUCCUCCUCCGCACCUCCGACAGCAGGGCAUUCAAUUUCCACUGGACGACGCAGGCGUUUGCCUCGGUGCUGCUCUGCCUCGGCGCGGGCCUUGGGUGGACCCUGAGCCGCAGCAUCGAGCUCGCGCAUCAGGGUGUCGGGCUCGCCAUCGUGGCGGGCGUGGCGGGCCAGAUCUUGCUGGGCUGGAGACAUCACGUCGGCUUUCUCAGGACGAAGGGGGGCACGUGGAUGGGGAAAAUGCAUGUUUGGCUGGGUAGGGGCUUGUUGAUGGCCGGGUGGAUGAAUGUUAUGCUCGGGGUGAGCGCGAGAGGGUAUGGCAUGCUGGUGAUGCUGGCGGUGGCGGUGGUCGCUCACGCGGAGAUGGUGUUCAUGUUCAGGGCUUGGGGUUUUGGUAUGAAGGUCCCUGGAUGGGGGCUGGGGAAGAGGCUCGUGAGUCGGUUGUGGCUGGGAAGGCGGGGUGCUGGGAGGGCUGCUGCGGCUGGUGGAGUAGGAGAGGAGGAAGGGUGGGGUUGGGGUUGGGAGAGGAGUACUUUGAACUGGUUGGAGAGGAUGAGGAAGAAGAUGAAAAUGAAGACGAAGAUUAUGAUGAGGAUGGCCGCUUGA